AUGGCAGAGGAUGAUGAAGAGCAAGAAGAUCUCUCGCCCUGGACUGCUCUUGCUAAUUUCAAACCGGCCUUCCAGGCGAUCAAUAUCGAGGUCGAGGAGAACGUAGAGGACGAGCUCGACACACUUAAGGAGCUCCAGGUCGACGAUGCUUUGAAAGUAUUUCAGAAUGCCUUGAAGCUUCAUGCUCAAGGCCCGAGCGCAUUCGACGAUGCAGAGAAAGCCUACAAAGAUUUGUUCCAGUCCGAAAUAUUCAAGUAUCCCGAAGCGGCUACCGAGUUCGAUCGUGUUGAGCGUCAGCCCGAGCAGCUUCCGCUCGUGGCCGCUGCCGCUCCGACAGCUGCGCCGUUGGCCCCCGAGUUAACAGUAUCCGCCGCCGACAUUGACGGUACGGGAACUUCCCUCCCUCAAACCCUCUAUUUAGCGCACAAGAAUCGCGGUCAGCUUUCCAUCGAUCGACUCCGACACGAGGCACGAAAGAACAGGAGCAAUAUGGACGAAUACUUCAUUCGCGAGGAUGUCAGGGACCACGCCCGUCUUGCCCUUACCGACUUCUCCUCCGCCCUCGAUCGAGAUCCUUCGGACGCCGAAUUAUGGCGGAGAACUGCACGCGUGGCGUCUUUCCUGAAUAGCGCGAGAACGAGUCGGUACUGCCUCGAAGCUGCCAUCGAGCUAGACGACGAUCCUGCCGUUCUUGAAGUCCAACCUCCAUCGCUUGUGGAAAGCCUGGCGGGCCAACAAUUGAAGAACCAACUGGAGCUCCUAUCCGACGAAAUAGGAUUAUCACACCCCGUUGUAGCGCCAUGGCUCGAUCGCGAAGUGCCCGAAUUUGUCAAGCGCUGGCUCGACCCGCUACCUUUUCUACCGGACCCUACCAAAAAUUUAGAGGAAGCCCGGGUUGACCGUGAUAAACUCAGGAGGGACAAAGUUGUUGUCAAGGUUUCGAGCGCGUCAUGGAAGGACGUAGGAUUGGCUCUUGUCUCAUUUGCUACUCACGAAGGAAUGACUGGAGAUGCCAUGAACCUGGAGGUUCCUGACCUACCGGAAGAGGAGGAAAAGGAAGACGAAGAAGUAGAAGACGUCGAUAUGGUGGUGAUUCCUACCCCCAAGGAUGACGAUCAUAAUAUGGAAAGCGGCGGCGACUCACCUUCUGCCCAACUGCAGGCUGAGGUAGCGACCCCAGAAGAAAUCACUCCAAAGUCUCCCAUUAGCAAUGGCCAGCCAGUGACAGAAGAUCCUACGAAGACGACCGAGACCAGGAACAAAGAUCGGGCGGUAUCUCAAACCCGGAAACGCUCUCAAUCCACCGCCGGUGUCGGAGAAAAUGGAGGAGAGGACGAGAAUGGGGUGGAAAAGAGGAGCAAGAGGACACGGCGACGGGAUACCGCCGCCGUUGAAGAGGUUAUUGAUCCAAGUGCGCUCUAUGCCUCGAAAAUCGCAGAGUACCAGGCCGUCGAUAAGCAUCUGUUCCAACUCGCGAAGGACAUCUUAGAGAAUCUAGGAGUCACGGACCAAGCAACCAUCGACGCGAUCGGCCAGGUCCUUGAAUCUUGCGAUUCGGAGGAUAGAUUAUCGAAGCUGUCCAGUCUAGCCGCCAAUGACCUCCGGGUCGCUCUAACCUCCUUUAACGAGGCAAAUGCAAAAAUCCUAUCGGGCAAGAAGGAUCAGCCGUCGUUGAGCUUAACAUCAUUUCUUGAGCAUGCUAAGGGCGCGUCCAAGAAGACUUCUCCUACGCCCGCGUUUGACGAGUCCCGGGGCUUGACGGCUUUCGUCAACAAGGUGAACUCUGGCUGGUUGACUAUCCAUGACGUUGCCUUUGAAUGGAUAAAGUGUAUAGCGCAGAGCUAUCUCAAGUCAACGUGGUCGGAGGAGAUGAAGGUGGCGGUUGUACAGCUUAUUAGCCACGUUGAUGCGGACAUUUACAGGCGCGUAAUGGACGAGAUUUCCAUGGCUCAGGACGACUCGGAUUCUGAAGCCUUGGACAGUCUUGUCCAGAUGUUGUUUGAGCUGCAUCUCGACGUCUACGAUCGAAUAACUAACCCAAACAGCAUCGUCAAGUACAGCGUUCGCGUGGAGACGAGGGGACGUCUCGAAAGAUGGCAAGACAUGGCAUCGUCGGCAAUUCGCAGGAGCGCAAGACUGACUACGGACCCCAUCUGCUUGCGUUUCAUCUGGGCAUCCAUAUUCUUUACCGCCGUUCUUGAGGCCGACGUCCCUCGUGACCACAUACUACAGUGCUAUAGAAGCUUCCAUGACCUCAUGAUUUCCAACGAUUGUCCACAGAUCGAUCUACCGAAUAACGCGGUCAUUCCUUUAAUAUCACCGACCGCGGCGGAGCGCGAAGUAUCCAAACUUACCACCAUGGACUUCUUCCUAACCCUCUUCCAGGAAGAUAUGAAUGACCCUGUAAUGGUAAUCGAGAACUUGGAGCCUGUGCUCAACCCGUCGUCAGUCUUCGUCGAAAUUUAUGGACUGCACCUGCCAAAUGAAGAUGUCUCCGCCGGCCGCGAAGAGCCCAUACUGAUACCGAUUCAAGAGUGUGCAAGCCAAGGAUUGCUCGACUUGUGGAAGUUCUUGGAGAGCAGCGACACCGAGCUGAGGCUUUUCCUCUGGUCGAGACUCAGCGAGGCAUAUGGUGCUAUCAAGUAUACAACAAAGCAAUUCUCCUGCCGUCUCCGGAGCAUCGAAAUGAUUAUCGAGGACCUCGCUAGCGAGACGUAUCUGAAGACUCCAGACGAGACUCGUGGCGCCUUGCUGAUGAAGACUCUCAAGUCGCUCGAUGAACUAUUGAUUAUAGCCCUGACCUUGGCCCUCAACGAAACCACCGCUUUUGAGAUCAUCGAUGAAGACCACUUGCGGUCCACUUCUUCGGCCUUGGCAAGAAUCAGUGCACUCCUUCACACGGCUGCGAUAUGUGAAGAUGAAAUGCGCAUUGCAUCGACCCUGCCGUCGCCUACGAGUACCUCCGCUUUGCAGCUUUUCUUGAAUAAGCUCCGUGAGAUGCAAGUCCGUGCCUGGUGCUUACAGUACACCGUCCUAAGGGCAGGCAUUAAACAUCAUCCCGAUAUCUUCUGCAACCCAGACAAUGACCGUGCCGCUUUCCUUGCCGCGGUACACCAGGUUCUGGGAAUCCGGAAGUUCUGCAAGGCCUCGAACAAGAUCUUCCUGAAAAUGAUGAGAGUUGAGCUGUUGAAGAUUGAAACCAUUGAUAACUGGGAAGACUACCUAGGUCAGGUGCUAUUCGACCUUCACGGUCUUAAGCUUGGCGUGGGCAUGUGGGAGGUAGAGGAUCACCAAUGCCCACCCGAGAAGCUGGAGAAGAGGACUACGAUACAGUUGGUCGAGAGGAUGACGAUCCUGGCAAGCCGCAUGCCAAUUAAGGAGCUCCUUAAGUCGGAUCUCAAAACGACGAUUGAGCGUAUGCAGCAGACCAUGGGCCAGACGAAAUCCACGCCGCAGAUGAUUCACAAUCUCAGGAACUUUACGGAAUUCCUCAAGAAGCCAAUUCAUCCGCUGCGCCUAUAUGAAGCCACCAAGGGCAACGUCACUUUGGAUGCGGUUGGCGUCAACACCCAGGAGAGCACAUUAGCGAAGUACGGGUGGUUUUUCCUCCUCGGCAUGAUCGCCUUGACCAAGUUCAAAGGUGUCGACCUUAACAGGCGACAGACUCCUGGAGCGACGGACGACCUGCGUAUCGGGGCCACUUUCAUGCGGCUGCAGCUUCAGUUCACACCUGGAAAGUGGGAUGCUUGGUUCCGGUUGGCCGAAUGCUUCGACUACGAACUGGAUGAGGCAGUAUUGUGGACGGCAGAUAAGAUGAACAAGGAUCGGGGCGAGCUGAUUAAGUUGCAAAGGAGCGCUAUCCAUUGCUACACCCUAGCCCUUUCCAACUCCCGACACAUUGAUCCCGAGGGGGAGGAGGCGGACGCGCUGUACGAGCUUCACCACGGCUUUGGCAUGAGGAUGUACGCAUCCAGCCGAGAGCCCUUCGCCAUGGAAGCAUUCCACCAUAGUGAUCAAGUCCGCUUCUUCAUUGCCAAUAACUCUGGAACGUAUCUGCGGUCGGUACAUGACGAGAUGGGCGAAUACCAGGUGUGGAAGUUUGCCGCCUUCUUAUUCAGGAAAGCCAUGGCGAUGCGUCCAAAGGACUGGAAGAACCCAUACAUGUACUCCAAGUGUCUUUGGAAGAUGUACCAAAGAGGCGACAAGGAAAAGGACUCACCCAUAGUAAGCCUCGACCGGCUGAUCGAUGCGCUUAAAGAAGCAGCUCGGACAGCGGCAGCGAUGCCCAAGUCAAGGAAUAGCGACCCGAUACUUGAGCCGCACUACAAGAUGCUCUCCAUUCUGCACAAGUUGGUGCUAAAGAAGGACACAUCUGGGAGUGAGGCGGCGGAGAUCCUCUCAGAACAACCAUUCGGCAUCGAACACGGGGAGGAUGUCAACAUGGACGAUAACGACAACUGGGAGGAAUACGUCAUCAAGAGCCUUAGACAUCUGCGUGACAAGGACAAAUCCAAUUGGCAGCACAGAAUGAUCAUGCGACAUGCUCAUAUUCUUUUCGAUGAUGAGGAAGAUGAGUCUACGAACCCCGAAUAUCUGCAGGUACAGGCCAAGGCGGCAUUCAACGUACUCAGGGAGUCCAUGUUUACGAAGACUAUGGUGAUGAACGUGUGGAAGUGUGAUGCUGAGCGUGCUGGCCGGCAUCACGUCUACACGGAGCAAUAUGUCCGGUUCAUGGUCAAGCUUCUUCUCGUCCUGGAAGAUCGCACGAAUCUUGAGGCUCUCUUGAGAAGGAUACGCAAGAAAGGAGCCGACUUUUACCAUUUUAACGACCUGUGGCAAAGCUGCUGUAUGGCUUACCUACAUUUGUUAAGGAGGACGUACAAGGUGGCGCCGACGAUUGAUGAUGCUUUCAAGUCGGUGGCACUAGACGAGUUCGAAGGCAAUACGGAACACAUCCUGGAGUGGGCCCGCGAGGAAUCCGAAGCGCCCGUCUUGGGAUGUCUGAAGGACGCUAUUGAACUGAAGAAGCUCAACUCGAAUCUCAUGAAGGCGACGGCCAUCGACGAUCUUAUCAGCGACUGCUACACGAUGAUUUACCUCGAGGCGCGUCCGCACAUGGAAGUGUCUACUACGGAGACUGUAGAAGGUUCGGCCGUCCAGAGCCCCGAUGCGAUGGCGAUAGAUGAGGAAGCCAAGGAGACCGGAAUUAAAGAGGAGCCCGAGGGGGGUGUUGCAGAGAAGAAGCAUGGGUCCCUCCGUAGCAUUCUCCACGCGCCUGCCGGAGCUGAUAUCAUCGACGACGCUUCCAGCAUGGCUAUAGAUGAAGAAGUUGCUGAGGCCGGUGGCGACGAGAAGCCAGCAGAGGCAGCGGGCGCGGCUACGGUGGCGCUGGCUAGCGCGGAGACGACGACGAAGCCUCGUAAGACGGGCAUUCGUAGACCGGAUAUCCUUAGAAAGGCUGAACAGGUCGUCUUGCGACUCCUCGAACCGAACAAAGUGGAGCCCGUCGGGCCAUCGGGAGCGAACAAGUCUAGGGCCGUCUCGAUUUCUAGCCCGAAGAACACCGAGGCCGCAACGACUAAUGGAGAUCAUGGCGGUGCGGAUGCCGGCAGCGACGUCGAGAUGGAAGAUGGCGAGCCGGCAGCCAAGGAAGACGCUGAUGAGGCCGGCGCCGACGAGACCGCGGAACCCGGAGAGACCGGGGGUGACGAUGUCGCGGGCGAGGACGCUGAUGAUGAAGGCGGUCACGAAGGCGAACUUCUUUCUUCGCCUUUGGGUAGUAUCCAUGAUUCGGCUGACGAGAGCGAUUUGACCGACGUGCCGCCGGAUUCCGACGAUGAAGGAGGACAGGGAAACGAUGAAGAGGACCAAGAAGAAGAGGAGGAUGACGAGGAACAGGACGAGGAAGAAGAUGAUGAAGAAGAAGAAGAAGAAGAAGAAGAAGAAGAAGAAGAGAAGCCGCAUAAGCCAGUGGCGGCGCUACUAUUUCCUAAUUUGAGGAGGAGCUCGGAAGCCACUAGGGCGAGCAAGAAUGAUGAGAAGACGGAGGAGGAAGACACGGCUGACUGA